AUGGUCAUUAAGAUCCCUAAUACUCUCAUUAAAACCACCUCACUCAUCUCCUUAAUCCUAUAUUUCCUAAUAACAUCAACAUCUAAUCUUCACUCGGUUUUAGCCGAAGAAGUUGUCGACCAAGAAGAAGACCCAGAGUUUUACAUUCUUGACGAAACUCCCUCAAUACUUUCAAAUGCGACAAUUUCAUCCAAAACCAGGCUACUAGUUUCUCAAUUCAAGAAGAUCAAGAAAGGAAUGAAAUGUCACGUCGCGAGUUACAACAUUUGCAAUGGCGUAAAAGCAAAUAAGGGGACAAGCCUCUUGCAUUGCUGCAAGAAGCAUUGUCGGAAUGUUCUUGGAGAUAUGAAUAAUUGCGGCCGAUGUGGUCACAAAUGCGGUUUCGGACAGCGUUGUUGCGGUGGUGUUUGCACUUACGUUAACUUUAACCCUAACCAUUGUGGGAAAUGCACGAGGAAGUGUGCGUCCGGGGUUAAAUGUGAGUAUGGAUAUUGUGGGUAUGCUUAG